AUGUCAAGAAGUGGUCGCAUGAAUGUUGCAAAACACUCUCAUGCAGUACAAACGAACAAAUUUGGCGGAACUCCUGUUGCCGCAAUGAAUAUCCAAGGAGAACAUGUGAAACAAUGGGCAAUUAUGGCAAUGGAACACUCGAUGCUACUUCUACUUCUGUGUGUCGACAAGGGUGGCUACCAGUGCUCACACUGGCUGAGGUGUUCUUCUAACUACUUCGUGCUAUCCCACUGUUUAAAUUAUCUGAACUACCAAGCUCUUUUGAAUAACUUUUCUCCUGUGAAGGAAAUCAGGGAAUAUAAGCACCAAUUUUUAGAUGAAAUUGUAAUUUUGUUUAUCCAAGUCACAUCAGCUCUACCCACCUUCUGGAUUCGCAAAUGGCGACACCCACUUCUUCGUGUGUUUUAUGCCAUUUCCCAAAUGCGAAGUUGCCAAAGACUCGAUGUGCUUUAUCAUGGACAACUGAAAAUACAUGCUAGUAAAAUUCGGAACCCCAAAUUCGAGUGCUCAAUCAUUGACAAACGGUAUGAAUUAAUUUCUACACAGAUGGCAUGCACCAUUAUGCACAGGGCACUAUUCAAAAUUGCCUUGUGUUAUUUAGAAAAAACAUCAGAAGGUGUUUGUUCCAUCCUCUCUAGUGAUCCCACUCAAAUUACCAAAAUAGUGAAGUUAAAGUGGCUUCACCACGGACUGAUUGCUAUUGUUGUAAUUUAUGGCUAUUUGAAUGGACCCUUCAGAAACCUAGAAGUGCAUUACAAAAAUUUAGAUAAAGUAGUUUGCCUUCAUGAAACCGAAAGUGCAAUAUGGAAUACAAAUGCAUUUUAUUACAGUGCAUAUUAUAAUACAUAA